UUUUGCCGCCAUGUUGUAAGUAGACUAGGCAGUAUCUUUCGAGCGAGUUACAAGUGCUAUGGUUCUUUGUCGUUCUCUCACGGUAGCACAAGUAGGCCCAGGUGAAACUGCUGCAUUGGAACUUGGAAGCCUUCUUGAAGCAUGCGUGCUGAUUAACGAAAAGAAAUGGACAGGUCUGAAUCCUCUCCGAAAACAUAUGGUAUAACUUCCCCCAUAAGUCUUCAGGGUCCUAAACCAGAAGACUUGGUGAACACUGAGAAGUUAGUGGAAGCCCUGAAGCCACAUGGUGUCUUCGAAAAUGAGGAGGAACUUAACCACAGAAUGGUUGUUCUGUCCAAAUUGGAUGGAAUUGUCAAAGACUGGGUUCGAGAGAUGUCUUUGAAAAGAAACAUUCCAUCCACUAUAGCAGAUACUGUUGGAGGGAAAAUCUACACUUUUGGAUCCUACAGACUAGGAGUACACACAAAAGGUGCUGAUAUUGAUACAUUGUGUGUGGUACCUCGGCAUGUGGAUCGUUCAGACUUCUUCGGUUCCUUUCAGGAAAUUUUAAGAGCCAUGCCAGAAGUCAAAGAUCUUCGGGCAGUGGAAGGUGCCUUUGUUCCUGUCAUUAAAAUGAUAUUUGAUGGCAUAGAGAUGGAUUUGCUGUUUGCAAGAUUGGCGCUUCAAAUCAUUCCUGAAGAUCAGGAUCUUACGGAUGACAGCUUGCUGAAAAACUUAGAUCCCAAAUGUGUUAGAAGUUUAAAUGGUUGUAGAGUCACUGAUGAGAUUCUUAAUUUAGUACCAAACAAGGAGAAUUUCAGAUUAGCUCUGAGGGCUGUCAAACUGUGGGCCAAAAAACGAGGGAUAUACUCCAAUGCUUUAGGGUUCCUGGGUGGUGUUUCCUGGGCAAUGCUUGUGGCAAGGACAUGUCAGCUCUAUCCUAAUGCAGCACCUUCUACUAUUGUACACAAGUUCUUUCUCGUUUUCACACAGUGGCAGUGGCCCCAACCAGUAUUAUUGAAGCAACCAAAGCCAACUACAGACUUGGGCUUUACUGUUUGGGAUCCUAGGGUCAACGUUCCAGAUAGAUUCCAUCUAAUGCCUAUCAUUACUCCAGCAUAUCCUCAGCAGAACUCUACAUACAAUGUUACCCUAUCCACCAAGUUCAUCAUGGAACAGGAGAUAAAAGGAGGGCUGGCUAUCACACAAGAGGUUCUUCAGGGCAAAGCAACCUGGGACAAGCUCUUUGAAUCAAUCAAUUUCUUCCAAAAGUACAAGCAUUAUAUUGUUCUCACAGCAAGUGCUGGCUCACUAGAACACCAUCUGGAAUGGGUGGGUCUUGUUGAGUCUAAGAUCAGGAUUCUGGUUGGAAACCUUGAGAGAAACAGCUACAUCAAGUUGGCUCAUGCAAACCCUAAAUCAUUUGAUCCCCAACAAAUGGAGGAGAAGACAGAUGUUAUUGCCUCCCUGUGGUUCAUUGGUUUGGAGUUCCAGCAGACUGAUUCCUCUACUAAUGUAGACCUCACCUUUGACAUCCAGAACUUUGUGGACACUGUCCACAGACAAGCGAUUAGUAUUGGUAUGCUGAAGGAUGGUAUGAAGAUAGAAGCCAACUAUGUCAAGAGGAAACAGUUGUCACAAUUCCUGCCCAACACAGUCCUCAAAUUCAAGAAGAAAUCUUUGCAGAGCCAGGAUUCUCCUAGUAACACAGCACCAGCAGACCUUCAGCAGAAAGACAGAACAGAUUCCCUCACACCACAUCAUAAGACAGCCCGCACAAUCGUCAAACCAGACCACAUGACAGAGGAGGAGUUCCUCUAUGGUGUAGUCAGUGACAACCAUUCAAGAACACAUCUAACCAAAUCUGCUAGUAGUCCAGCUCUUAUUAGAGGGCAGUCAUCCGUACAAGUACAGAAUGAACUAGAAGUAACAGGGAGCAGUAGUGACACCUGUGUGGGAAAUAGCAAUGGCCAGCCAGUAGAUACACAGCUGUCAGGUGCAUCAACUGCAUCCAGUGACCAGUCUCAGGAAAACUCAGAUGGACCCUUGGUUUUGAGCAGUAGCCAUAACAAAGGAAAGAUAAGUCCCUCAGUAGAUGAUGGCACACUCUUCAAGGAACCGUUGUCUCCAGAAUCAUCUCAAGCAUCGAUAAAUGCAAGCAAAAGUUUUGAAGCAUCACUAGAUUCCAUUGAUAGCACAACUGACUCAGGGAGAGGUACACCAGAGGAGGGAAGUGGUAGUAUCAAAAGACCAUCGUCUCCUGAACCUUCACCAAUUCAAUCACCACCCAAGAGAGCCAAAGCUGAUAAUCAACCAGAAGAUACCCUGUUGACAACUACAGCAGACCAUUCUUUACAACGAAAUGGCCAACAAAGUGGAAAGACGGAUAGUUUGCAACCUAUGACUUUAGAUAUACGACAGCGUCUGCCCAGUGGUGAAUUGCCUGACAUGUCGUCACCUAUGCCUACACAAGUCACUCUGGUCAAGAAUUCCAUAAAGCUUAACCUCAAGUGAACAGUUUCUUUAUUUUUGUAUCCUUUCUGUUCAAGAUGUAGUUUUUGGAAAGCUUAGUACUCUUGUGCUUGUUGUGUAGAUGAGUGAUUUGUCCCAAGCAGGGAUGCUUUUAUUGUGAUGCGUUUAUGUAUGAAAAUGUUGUGUUCCUGUCAGUUUUUAGAUAUUACCUUGUGGGUAUAAGCGACUGUACAUUUGCCAGUGCAGUGCCUAUUCGCUAGAGAUGUUCUCACCUUAUUGGUAACAUGAUAGGAUCAUGGCAGAAGACACUCUUCAUGGAUGAUAGUUGCUUCAUUAAAUGAAUGAUGAAUUAAGGAAAUCUCACACCUCAUGUGGAGAGGAUACUUUCAAGGAUACUUGAAUUACUAAGGGGGUAUCAUGCAAUGAUUUCAAAUCCAAGAGUGACCCCUUUUUUUUUUAAACAAGAAUGCUGUUCUCAAAUGUUUAAGUGCUUUUUCCUUAAAGUUGGCGCAAAAAUUUCAUGAAAUAAGAGAACAGAUACACAUGUUGGACUUUGUUGCAGUUGGACUUAAAUUCAACUAGUUUAGUUUGGUGAUGGGGUGAGUUCUUUAGAAUAUUCAAAGCGAGGGAUGUUUUGAGUUCUUGUCUUUGAGGGACAAGAUACAAUAUUGGGGUAUUAAGUGCUUCAUUUGUAAAUAAUUCUACGACUUUAAAGUGAACAUCCAUUUGUUAGCAUAGAUUCACUUUGUGUUUACUGUUUAUUUGGCAAUUACUUGUUUAAAUAGAUUGCAACAUUUCCUUUGCUCUUUCUCUGCAUAUUGAACCACGGGAAUCUAUGUACAUGUAUAAUUAUCAGAGCUGAUGUUUAUUUUCUAUCAGGUUGCCUUGUAGGUUUAUAUUUGAAUAAUUCAGUGCUAAACAUGUGGGUGGGUGCUUGUUUUGGUUAUUCCCAUGCAACUGUUUCUGUUGGUGGCACAGUUUUUGCCUGGUUACUUUUUGACACAUCUCUGAAACAAUUGCAAAAACAAUUGAUUUAUGUGUUAAUAGGUGCACAUACAUGUACAUGGGAAUGGGUCUGUCAUUUGAGUGGAAGGACAUUAAAAUCUACCUUGUUUACAUGUAAUUUCUGUUACUUUUUGAUGUUUGAUCCAGGAAGUGUAUUUAGUUGUUGCUAGAUGUAGUCAUCUAGAUGUAGUCAUCUAGAUGUAGUCAUCUACUGCAGGUUUACUGAAUAAUCAUAAAGUCAUCUGCUAAGUUAAGCAGAUGUAAAUCAUUGCUUUGAACAUUUGAGUAUUAACGUGUGUGUACAUAUAUUUAGUGUACAUUGUAAUAAAUGUUACUUGUAUAGGAGUAUUUGAUAUUAAAAGGAUUAAACACCACA